AUGGGCUGCGGAAUACCAUCAAAAAGACCAUAUGGAAAAAAGCAUCUAGAAGACGACGAAGAAACUUCCUUAAAAGAACCUUUAGAGCACUCAGAAUCAUUUUGUAUACAAACCAAAAUUAACCAUCCAGAGAACAACUCUUUUCAUUACAAGAUCCAAGGGACAAAUUACAGAAUUACGGUGGCCCUUAUACAGACUCCUAACAAAUCUUUAGUGAUGUCUUAG